AUGAGUACCCAUCCAGAAUCAUCUGAUAGGCCCGCAACUACAUCACCGACUGACUUGACAAAUCUGGGAGCUCAACUGCGUGAAGUUCUAAACCGAUUUAAUGAGCUGAGCGUUGGAAUGAUGGCCCAACGGCGAGUAAUCGAUCAAUUGGUAGCUAGUGGUGCUAGCGGUGAACAACAUGAGCCCCUACCUCCUGGCCACUCUGAACCUCAACCCAUAUUUUUACCUUAUAUUCAAACCUCUGUUACUUCACAAGUCAUAAACCCACCUGAGGAAGUCUUUACUUAUCCCACUCAUGGCCCACAACCUGCUUUUGCACCUUACAUCCAAACUAACCCCCCUCAUGUCCAAAUUCCCCAAAAUUAUCCGCCAAUUACUAUGAGCAUGCCAUUCGAGCCACAGGGACCUUAUUAUUACUCUACCGCUGAGCCAUUCACCCUAGAUACCGCUGUUCAAGGGAAAGUUGAAGCCGGGGAGUCAUCCGCACCAGUGGAUAAGAAUUUGGUAAAGCGAUUGGAUCGGUUUGAGGAGUUCAUAAGGAAAAGCCGAGGCUUGAACAAACAAGGAGCACCCAAAUUUAGCAAGUACGAUGGAACUGGUAAUCCCAAAGCAUACCUUCGGAUGUUCGCAAACAAACUUGGAAAACCGAUAGAUGAUGAGAAUUUACCUGUACGUUUAUUUCCCGAGAGCCUAGAAGGCGACGCGUUGGAUUGGUAUUCCAAUUUGAAGACUGAGGAUAUGAGAUCUUGGAUAGAUUUGUCAACUGCUUUUAUGAGGCAGUACGAAUAUAAUUGCGAGCUUGCUCCAACGAGGGCCACACUUGAGGGGACUAAAAGAAAACCAUCUGAGGACCACAAGACGUACGCGAAGAGAUGGAGGAAAUUGGCCGCCAAGGUGGAGCCUCCUAUGAUUGAAAACGAGAUUGCCGGAAAAAUUGUUAAUGUGUCAACAUUGAAGAUGCAACUAGAGGCUCUGCAAGGCCAGAAUAACAGUGAGAAGAAAUCCCAAUUUAAAGGAAAAGAAGAGGAAACUGCUUUUGUUGGGGAUCAGGGCCCCUCGGCCAGACCUAGAUUUUCAAACCGCCUUGUUUAUUCAUCACCCUAUCCAUACUACCCAAACUCCCGUCCUAUCCACCAUACUACCAUUAACCAUUCUCGACUUCGACCAAAUUUACUCACACCACCCUUUCAAAAUCCUCAACCAAAUCUCAAAACUAGACAUCGCCCUUCUUUUAACCCAAGACCUAUUCCACCCCCUAGCUCAAAUUACUACUACCAACCAACCAGUGACACCCAAAAUUCAACGUCACACCGAACCUUCACCAAUCUAGGUCGGCCUGUUGACCAAUUAUAUGAGCAAUUGAAAGCUGCCGGGAAAAUUGGCGUUAUACCUCCUAAGAUCUAUUCUAAGCGCUUUCCAUCUGACUAUGACCCUCCAACAGUCUGCACUUAUCAUUCUGGAGCUCCCGGAUGGCCCAGAAUAAAACCGUCUAAUCCUUUGGAUAUCACUGUUCAGAAAUUUGAUGGCAGCGAUCUCAUAAAUGUGAAUGUGAAUUUCAAAAAUGAGAUGAGUGGGAAAGAGGCAUCUGAAAAUGUUUCAAAGAGGCCCGAAUGGAAUAAAAGAAGUCCAAGCCGAAUCGGGAUCAAGAUUAGGAAUAAGAAGCAAUUGAACACAGUCCAUCGUGGUCAAUAUGAUCAAGAGGAUUGGUCUGUGAUUACCACUAAAGGGUCAAAUCAUGACCAUUCAGACGAGAAGGCAAAGCAUUAA